AUUGGGGGAGAAAGAGAGAAGGGUGGCAAACAGUUUGAGGGUGAGAGAGGGGAAAGGGGUACGCUUUCUUUGAACAUCACAAUGCUAAGAUUUCUCUUUCUCCCUUUUGAGAACCCUCUGUUCUCAUACAUCUUUCAGGAGCAUUGAAGAUUUGUUGAGACGAGCAGUUAACGGGAGAGGUUGAAUUUCUGGGCUGCCGGAAAUUUCACCGUUGUUGAAAUAUGCAAUCACCUCCUAGUACUGCUUCGUCCGACAAAGAUGACACUACUUCCUCCUCUCCUUCUAAUUCCUCCCCGUCUCCCCCACCACCAGCUCCGCCUACCUCCCCACCCCCAGAAUCUCCUCCACCUGUAAAUUCUCCGCCGCCGUCAAAGGAAUCUUCUCCUCCGUCAUCACCACCACCCUCAGCUUCUGAAUCACCACCACCUCCGUCAGAUUCCACUUCCACAUCACCCAAUGCUCCUGAGGCGUCUCCUCCUACCUCAUCCAAAUUUAAUCCUCCACCACCAGUUUCCUCAGGAUCACCUUCAUUAUCUGCUGGAAAAUUUUCUCCUCCUCCACCUUCAGAAAAAUCAGCACCUUUUGAAAAACCAGACGGUGCACAACAUUCAGGAAAACCAGCAGCUGGUUCUUCAGGAAACAACAAUGGCUCGCCUUCCUCUAAUUCAGGUUCAUCUGAUAUGUUUGUAGUCACUGGAAUAGCAGUGGCAGGAUUGAUGAUUUUUGCCACUAUCAUUGUUUGCUUAAUUUACUGGAGAAGGAAGAAGAAAGAACACUACUAUACCAAUCCUCCUCCUGGUCCUUCUAGACGUCCACCUAAAGGUGCAGGUAGUACUGAUCCAUACUACAAAGGUCCUAAGCCCAUGGAACACAUUAUUAAGGUUCCUACCACAGUUUAUACAAGUAAUGAUAGCACCUUUGCUGUUAAUGGCCAAGCUCUUGUGCCAUCUCCGAGUCUUGGUGGGUUCUCUAAGAGUCAGUUCACUUAUGAGGAGCUAGCUAGAGCAACUUCUGGAUUUUCUAAGGCCAAUUUGUUAGGCCAAGGUGGUUUUGGCUAUGUACAUAAAGGUGUUUUGGUUGAUGGAACGGUGGUAGCUGUCAAGAGUUUGAAGUCGGGCAGUGGACAAGGUGAACGAGAAUUUCAGGCAGAGGUUGAUAUCAUUAGCAGAGUUCAUCAUCGCCACCUUGUUUCUCUUGUUGGAUAUUGCAUUGCUGAUAGACAACGAAUGUUGGUCUAUGAGUAUGUUCCCAACAAAACCUUGGAAUUCCAUCUUCAUGGGAAGGGACAUCGUGUUAUGGAUUGGGGAACAAGGCUUAAAAUUGCAUUGGGAUCAGCCAAAGGAUUAGCUUACCUCCAUGAAGAUUGUAUACAAAUUUUUCUAUUCACAAUGCUCUCCUUUUCUUUUUCUCUUUGUUUCUCUUUCUCAACCUUGUUUCUACACACAGGCCAUCCUAAAAUUAUCCACCGUGAUAUAAAGGCUGCAAACAUUCUACUUGAGGACAACUUUGAAGCUAAGGUGGCAGAUUUUGGAUUGGCUAAGCUUUCUUCUGACAACCUUACUCAUGUCUCCACCCGGGUUAUGGGAACUUUCGGGUACAUGGCUCCUGAAUAUGCAUCAAGUGGCAAGCUAACAGACAGAUCUGAUGUCUUUUCAUUUGGAAUUGUGCUUUUGGAACUCAUAACUGGGAAGCGACCUAUUGAUCCUAGCAAUAUUAUGGAAGACAGUUUAGUAGAAUGGGCUAGGCCGCUUCUUAAAACUGCCUUGGAAGAGGGAAAAUAUGACGAAUUGGUAGGUGCUCCUUUUGAAGGAAACAAUGUUCCAAAAGAGCUGCAUCGGCUAGUAGUCUGUGCUGCUGCUAGCACUCGUCAUUCUGCUAAAAGACGUCCAAAGAUGACUCAGAUUAUGCGAGCUUUGGAUGGCGAUUCAUCUUUGGAGGACAUGAGCGAUGGUGCAAAGACUGAUACCUACGAUACUAGUGCAUACAACGCUGACAUGAUCAAGUUUAGGGAAAUGAUAUCAAACCAAGAAUUCAAUAGCAGUGAAUAUGGAGGGACAAGUGACUAUGGACUCAACCCUUCCUCCUCGAGCGGUGAUUCCAGUGAGCUUGAUCAUCAUCAAAGAAGUAGAGGAUGAAUAGCUAACUAGCUGAAAACUUGAAGCUUGACAGGAUGAAUAGCUAACACUUUGACUUCUUCCCUAGAACUGAUCCAAUAAAUGGAUCUUACUCUUUCAUGAUUUUUGUCAAGUAAAUAUACAAAAUCAAAGUCAUAGCAGCAAAAUAUGCUAUGUAUAUAUUACAUUACAUUAUAUAUAGCAUAGUAUCAUUUUUGUCUCAA